UUAUUUGGGUCCUGCAGCCUUACUCGUUCGAACUCAAAGACGCUGAUUUAGACUUUUAGAGCUCGUCCCUGAGUUGCCCUUCGUUGUCUUCUUUUGCUCUGCGCAACCGCGACACUCCAUCUACAUCUCUUUCCCCUGGUUUAACACAAAAGACUUGCACCCUCUCUGUGUCUCUCUCCAAUAAACAGACACAUAUUGACAUAUACAUAUAGUCCAAAAACCCUAAAUCAAGCAGAGCAUAUAGAUAUAAAUCUGUAUAUAUCUAUCCAUGGAUGACGGCGAGGGUGGUCUGAGCUUCGACUUCGAGGGAAACCUUGACGCGGGACCCACUCACCCCACCGCCUCCGUCCCGGUAAUCCAGUCUGAUAGUUCAUCCACCGCGGUGGCUGCCGUCGUUAAUAACUUUGCCACUCCGGCGGCCACAGAGCAUGCGGCAGGACCCAACCGGCGGAGCUACCGGCAGACCGUGUGCCGGCACUGGCUUCGCAGCCUAUGCAUGAAAGGGGACGCCUGUGGCUUCCUCCACCAGUACGACAAGUCUCGAAUGCCUAUUUGCCGGUUUUUCCGGCUUUACGGAGAGUGUAGAGAGCAAGAUUGUGUGUAUAAACAUACCAAUGAAGAUAUAAAGGAGUGUAAUAUGUAUAAGUUGGGGUUUUGUCCAAAUGGUCCCGACUGUCGGUACAGGCAUGUAAAGCUGCCUGGGCCUCCACCUCCUAUGGAAGAAGUUCUGCAAAAGAUUCAGCAGCUGACUUCCUACAGUUAUGGAAACUCAAAUAGGUUCUUCCAAAACCGGAAUGCAAAUUAUCCUCAACAAACAGAUAGAUCUCAGUUUGCACAAGGUGCCAAUGGUGUCAAUCAAGUUGUAAAACCUACAACAACAGAGUCCCCUAAUGUGCAGCAGCAGCAGCAGCAACAAGAAGUUCAACAGUCCCAACAACAGGUUAGCCAGGUCCAUGUACAAAAUCUUUCCAGUGGCCAGCAAAAUCAAACCAAUAGAACUGCGACACCCCUGCCUCAAGGAAUAUCUAGGUGUGUUCAGAGUUCAAAGGUUUUCAUUUAGGUCAUGUAUAUCAUCACUUCUUGUACUCAAAUGUGGACACCGUUUGAGAGGAGUAUCCAAAUAUGUCAGUUGUAAUUGGUUUCUUAAGAGCCCACAUCAGUAACCGUACUGGUCUUUACACGUUAACAUUUAAUCC